CUGGCGCGAAAAUUGUUGUGUUGCUGCUUGUAUCCGUGAAAUCACUUAGCGUUUAAAAUGUUUUUUCUAAUUGUGUGACGAUAACAAAAAUAAAACCAUUAAAUAAUAUAAUUUCAUCUUAGUGUUGAAAUUUAAAACUCUAUUUACUGACGUUUAUAAGCAGUGCGAUUGGAACAAUCUCGGUUUCGAUAUAAUAAAGUCACUUAAGGACUUCACUGAAAAUAUAACUAACCGGUAAAUAUAAAGAAAAAUGUCAAACAUGAAGAGUAUAACAAAUGCGGCACGAGCAGUACAAAAGAGACCUUUCAGGGUGUCUAUUGAAGGCAAUAUCGGCUCUGGGAAGUCGACAUGCAUCAAGUUCUUCGAUAAAUACCCCAACGUUGAGAAACAUGGUGAACCUCUGGAUGAAUGGCGCAACGUCAGAGGUCACAACCUUCUUGGUUUGCUCUACAGUGACAUGAACAAGUGGAGUUUUGCAUUCCAACACUAUGUGCAUCUGAGUCGUCUAAAAAUACAAACCAGUCAGCCUUGCAACUCCAAUAUCACUGUUAAAAUGUUUGAAAGAUCAGUGCAAAACAGUAGACAUUGUUUUGUGGAGAAUGCUAAGAAGCAAAACUUCUUGGAAGAUCCUGAGUAUCAGACAUUGCUGGCUUGGUUUGAUUACUCUGAAAAACAUCUUGAUAUUAAUUUGGAUCUUAUAGUUUACCUAAGAACCACCCCUGAGACUGUCUAUGAAAGGAUGAUGAAACGAGGCAGGGCUGAGGAAUCUGAAGUACCUUUAGAUUAUUUGAAGCAGGUCCAUGAAUCAUAUGAAAACUGGCUGAAUUCCCCAGAUGUAGGCUGCGAAGUGCUGACAAUUGAUGCAGACAGAGGCCUUGCCUGCGUGAAGGAGGAUCUUGAAAGAUACUCCUACAAGAUACUUGGUGGCAAUCACACCAAUUAAGUUAUUUUGAGUUCCUUUUUUAUGUUAUGUAGUAGUAUUACUUAUGCGGGUCUUAAGAUUUGACUAUUUUUGACAUGUAAUCAUUAAUUUAAAUAAUUUUCAUAAUCAAAGUUAUCAAAAAAAUGACAUCUAUGUAUCAUAUUUCUUAAGUGACUUAAAUUUGUUUUAUUUAUUAAUUAACUUAAAAUGGACUUCAAUUUGCAAUUGAUUUAAUAAAGUAAUAUAUUAUACAAAAGGUUUAAUUUAGUUUGUAACCUUAAUUAAAUCAAGUUAUAAAUCAAAGAUAUUUAUAUUUUUUUUAAAGCAGGAUUUC